GGAAAGGGCAGGAGGGAGCGGAGGCGCGCCCGCGGCCAGAGACACGUACGACUCGGAGGGGGGCGGCCGUGUCAGUUGGCGGCUGCGACGGGGAGCUCGACGGAAGCAGCUUAUUUUGACAACAAGAGGGCUGCGGCAGUCUGUCAGCUAGCGCAAUGGACGUCUUCAACAGGAACAUCAAUUUUGAUGCCAUCUUCAAAUUUUCCCACAUCUCCACAGCAACCCAGCAGCACCUGAAGAAGGUCUAUGCUAGCUUUGCACUAUGCAUGUUUGUAGCAGCAGCCGGUGCCUACAUCAACCUGGUAACUCAGCUGGUGCAGUUUGGACUGUUGACUAGCCUGGGAUCUUUUGGCCUUAUGAUCUGGCUGAUGGCCACGCCCCAUAGCCGGAAAACAGAACAGAAACGAUUGGGCAUGCUGGCCGGCUUUGCCUUCCUCUCCGGCGUGAACCUGGGUCCUCUGCUCAAGAUGUGCAUUGCCAUCAACCCCAGCAUCAUUCCAACUGCUUUCAUGGGCACAGCCGUGAUCUUCAGUUGCUUCUCCCUGAGUGCCCUUUUUGCCAAGCGCCGUGCCUACUUGUAUCUGGGAGGCUUUCUGUUCUCUGGCCUCUUCCUGAUGCUCUUUAUGUCCCUGAUCAAUAUGUUCGUGGGCUCCACCUGGCUUUUCACGGCUAACCUCUACAUUGGACUCAUGGUCAUGUGUGGCUUCGUGCUGUUUGACACUCAGCUCAUCGUUGAGAAGGCUGAGAGGGGAGACCAGGACUACAUUUGGCACUGCGUGGAUCUCUUCCUGGAUUUCAUCAGCAUCUUCCGAGAGCUCAUGACCAUCUUGGGCAUGAAUGAGAGCAACAAGAAGAAGAAAGAGAAGUGAAGGAACGGUGGAUGCCUGUACGGAGCCCCCUUUUCUCCCCUGACCCCUUGCCUCUUUCUUGCUUCCAUUCAACCUGACCUGUAUUAAAGGUGCCCUCAUUGUUUGGUGUGAAUGAGAUCUGUGACACUUUCAUACUUAGUGGAAACUGGAUUUUUUUUCUUGUUUUUUUUCCCGAGCUUUUUUUUUUCUUAAAAAAAAAACUUAACUGGCUGACCCUGAUGCUGGAGUCUGGCUUUGCCCCUCUGCUGUACCAACACGUAUACUGUUCAGGGACUCUCAUUCAUGCCCAGCCUAUUAGCAGUGAUCCUGCUGCUUUAAGUGGCAUCGGAUAGCUUAGACCUCUCCCUUCCUCUUCCCCACCUAAUACAAUGAGAGCGGGAGGAGAGGGGACAAAUCAGACCUUGCUGCAACCAGGAAAGUUUCUUCUACCACUAAAAUUGCUUGCCUGAGAACAACUCAAACUGGUUUGCAUGGCUCUUCAAGAAGACUGGCGUCGCUCGAGCAGCUUCCCUGCAAGGCUAUGCAGGACGGGAGGUAAAGCCAUAGCUUCCGAUCAUGAAGAGCUCCCUUGGCGGUCCAUCAUAGCUGGGAGGUAGUGCUUAUUUAACCCUCCCUUGUUUUGCAUAGUUCUGCUGCUGGGUAGCAAAAAACCCUGUUGUGCAAUUGAGACAUUUUGGGCUGGGCCGUCAAAUGCAUUUUGACUGAAUUCUAUCUCGAGUGUUCCUAACCUUCGAAUCCGAGCACUUUGAUUUGAUCUGCUGUCGGAGGCUCUUGGACUGAAGCGCAGUAGAGUUCAGGGGACAGCAGUCGAGGUCAGUGAAGCUCGCUGCAAGUGUGAGAUCUGGCUUUUGUAGCAGUGUCAGUCUAACUGCCGUUCGCAUUUGGGAGCACAGCCCUGGCCGUGGACAUAAAGGUAGAAGGCAGUUGACCACUGUAUAGCGCAUCCUGCGUACUAAGCUAGGGCCUGUGCCCUCGGCUUUCAUACAGCUCCAUGUACAAGCCCAUUAAGCAAUCUUUCGAAAGCUUUCUCAGCGGGAAGGCAGAUAAUGUUUCUUUUGCCCCUGGCAACUGAAGCCAGACUCUUAAUUCUGCUUGCCUGGGAUAAUGGAGUUUUUUUUCCUCUUUCCCUUCUCCCUCUCCCUUUCCCCUGGACCAGUGCCAAGAAUUAAAUUCUUCAAGAAAUCUACUUUAUAGUGACCUUGUCUAACAGGUUUUAAUAUAGUAAAGACUAAACUCUGUCGUUAUUGGAUUUCCAGUUCUGGCUGCAUUCUUUACUCAUACUGUGAAGAGACAGGGUUUUAAAAGAAAAAGGUGUUUGAUUCAGAAAUAUAUCUACAUUGUCUUACUUUGUACAAAAAAUUACAAUAAAAAUCCUUAAACUUUAA